UUCAACAGUCAAUCUGAGCUUUUUAGAGGCAGAGUAACAUUUAAAUAAAUCAGGAUACAAGAAACAGCGCUGUUUAAAAAAUGGACACAAAGACAACAAAGAUCAUCAGGAAAACACAGAGCUACAGAUCGUAGAACAGCACUGACAGCAGUUCAGACUGAGCGAUGGACUCUGAGGCCAGCGGGACGAUGGAGGUGGCGGCGCUCGGUCGGCCUUUCAGCCCCGGGAUGUUGUACGACUGCCGCAAAGACUCACUCGUCCCUGGAAUGACAUUGUGGGACCGAGAUGACCUGAGAAAUCAUAUUGGAGAAAGACCACAGAGCUAUAAUGAUUUUGAGAUAGUUGCAUCUGAAUCAAUUGCAGAUAAAUCAUCAGCACUAAAUGUUGAAGCAUCUCUGAAGGCAAGUUUCUUAAGUGGACUGGUGGAGGUUGGAGGAUCGGCCAAAUACCUGAGCGAUAGUAAGACUUCCAAAAAUCAGGCCAGAGUAACACUGAUGUACAAAGCUACCACAAAGGUUCAGGAACUGUCCAUGAAUCAUCUUGGAAGAGACAAUGUGAAGCAUCCAUAUGUCUUUGAUAAAGGAUUAGCAACACAUGUAGUCACAGCUAUCCUUUAUGGGGCACAAGCCUUCUUUGUCUUUGACCGUGAAGUGUCCGAAAAGGAAGAUCAUCAAGACAUUGAGGGCAACUUGAAGGUGAUGAUCAAGAAGAUUCCCAAAAUUGCAAUAGAGGGUGAAGGUUCACUGAAAAUGAAAGACAAGGACAGAGAAAAUGUUGAGAAAUUCUCCUGCAGAUUCUUUGGAGACUUUUCCCUUCAGAAGCCUCCUACAUCCUUUCAGGAUGCGGUAGAGGUCUACCAAAGUCUGCCAAAAUUGUUGGGAGCCAACGGAGAAAAUGCCGUACCAGUGAAGGUCUGGCUGUUGCCACUGACGAGUUUAGAUUCUUCUGCUGCAAAACUCGUGCGUCAGAUAAGUAUAAGAUUAGUUCAUGAAUCACAGAGUGUCCUGGAGGACUUCAGUGAGCUGGAAAUGAGGUGCAGUGAUGCACUGAGAACCACCACUGCACAGCAGUUCUCACAGAUCAGCAAGAAGAUUAAAACUUUUAAAGAAAUGUGCUCAGAGUUCAAGCUGGAAUUCCAACGAACCUUGGCAAAGAAACUUCCAUCAAUCCGAGGAGGAGGAGAAGAGGAGGCUGAGCUCGCAGAGAUCCUGAAGAAGAGACAUUCUUCUCCUUUCAACAGCAAAGAACUGAACGAGUGGAUGGACUGUAAAGAGAGAGAAAUCUGCAUCUUAAAGUCUUUCACCAACAUGAUGAAAAACACCAAGAUCGUUCCAUCUCAAAAUCACCUCUACAACGAAAUUCACAGUGCAGAGCAUGCAGUGUGUUUUGUUUUCACCUCACUGGGAAGUGCCGAACCCUUCCUCUCAGCUUUAUCAAACUACUUAACAGAAACACCCAAACCAGACGAACCUCGAGAUCCACAUACUGAUGAUGUAGAGAAGGAACUAUGGUACCUUUCAAACAAAGUACCAGAUGCAAUGAGUCACAAAGCAAAGCUCUUCAGUGACUUUGCAGAGGCCAACAAGGAGAACAAGAACAUUAAGUUCUUGACAGUUGGUUCAACAAAUGAGACACAGAAAGGUUCAAGCAUCUACCUUUAUGAAGACGGCUUUUCAGUCAGUGAGAACUUUGAGCCGCCUUCAAAGCCUGAAACAGUGACAGUCACUGAAACAAACCACAAGAGUGUGACACUGAAGAUUUCUCCACCAAAGUUUGGAGCAGAGAACAUCACCUCCUACUCUGUUGAGUACUGUGUCAGUGGAGACGAUGGAUGGAAACAGAAGACAGCAUCAGAAGCUGAAGAAGUCACAGUGAGUGAUCUGAGUCCUAACACAGAGUACAUGUUCAGGUGCAGAGCAGUGACCUCAGCAGGUGUUGGACCAGCCAAUGAAGUCAGUGGUUCCAUUAAAACCUUACCCUGCAGCCCUCCUGGAAAACCUCAAGUUGAACCAACCUCAAGUGAGAUAUCAGUCAGCUGGGAGAAACCUGCUGAGCUUGGACAGAAUGUCCACAUUUUGAGCUACAUCGUGGAGUACGCCAAAAAAGACAACAGCCUGAAAGAGGAAGAUCUCCAAUGGAGCCAAAAGACGGCAGGAGCUGAGAGGGUGAUCAUUUCAGGUCUUCAGCCAGAGACAGAAUAUGUUGUCAGGGUCAGAUGUGAUUGUGGUGAAGCUGGCAGAAGCAAAGAAAGCAUCACUGUUACUGUCUGCACAACAAAAGCUACACCCCUCACAGACUUCCUCAAAAGUACAAGCAAAAGGCCCUGCAGCUCUUAUGGAAAACUUCAUGUUGAACCAAAGUUAAGGAAGAUUAAACGUCUUGUUGAUGCUGUUAAAGAAAAAAGCAAACUGCUAAAACCCCAGACAGGGUCUCUGCCUGUUUAUAAAGUUCCCCUGAAAGAAGAACAAAUCAAUAUCACUGGGUGCAAGCGUUUCAGUUUCGGGAAAGAAAUAACUAAACCUAAUCGCACCAUUAUGGUUUUUGGAGCCACUGGAGUUGGAAAGUCAACUCUCAUCAAUGGGAUGAUCAAUUACAUUCUAGGUGUCCAAUGGGAGGAUUCAUAUCGGUUUAAGUUAGUUGAUGAGGGUCAGUCAAAAUCACAAGCUCACAGCCAGACUUCUGACGUCACUGUGUACAAACUCAACCACCAGGAGGGGUUUAAAAUAGAGCACUCACUGACCAUUGUUGACACUCCAGGGUUUGGAGAUACAAGAGACAUAGAAAGAGACAAACAGAUCACAGAACAGCUCCAUAAUCUCUUCUCUGCUGAGCUUGGGAUCAGUGAAAUUGAUGCUGUGUGUUUUGUAGUUCAGGCUGCUUCGGCCCGACUCACACCAUCACAGAAAUAUGUGUUUGAUUCUGUACUCUCAAUCUUUGGCAAAGAUAUUGCAGAAAACAUCAGAGUUCUGGUGACGUUUGCAGACGGCCAGAAACCACCAGUUCUUGAGGCAAUCAAAGCCUCAGGUGUCCCGUGUCCUCAAACAACAGAGGGGCAGCCACUUCACUUCAAAUUCAAUAAUUUUGCAUUGUUUGCAGACAACAAAUCAUCUGCAGAAGGUGGCAUGAGUGAAGAUGCCGAAGAUGGAAGCUUCGAUAAGAUGUUUUGGGACAUGGGGACAAAAAGCAUGAAGAGGUUCUUUGCUGCUUUAAAUGUCAUGGACACCAAAAGCUUGACCAUGACAAAAGAGGUCCUCAGAGAAAGACUGCAGCUCGAGAAUUCAGUUAUACAGGUUAGAGUUGGGUUAGCUAAACUCAAAGAGAUAAAAGAGACAACUGACAAACUGGAAGAGCAUGAGGCAGAGAUCAGCAGAAUUGAGGACUUUGAGUUUGAAGUCACUGUCACAAAGCCUUUUCAAAAAGACAUUUCUGGUUCUGGAAAUUACAUCACCAACUGUCAGUAGUGUCAUGUCACCUGCCACUAUCCCUGUAAAAUACCCAAUGAUGCAGAUAAGGCUCGCUGUGCUGCAAUGGGACCAGAUGGAAAAUGUACUGAGUGUCCAGGCAAAUGUAACUGGAAUGUACAUUUUAAUCAGAAGUACUCAUGGGAGUAUAAGGAGGUUAAAGAAAAACAAACAGUGACAGAGCUGAAAGGAAAGUACCUAAAGGCCAAAGAGGAAAAGGCACCUGUUGAGGCACUGAUUGGAAAACUGAGGGCUGCAUAUAAUAAUGUGCACACACAGGUGGUGAAAUUUAUGGAGAUGUCUGCUCAGUGUCUAAACAAACUUAAAGAGAUAGCACUGAAGCCAAACCCUCUCUCCACUUCAGAGUACAUUGACAUGCUUAUUGAGGGAGAGAAAUCUGAGGCCAAGCCAGGCUGGAAGCAACGAGUUCAGUCCCUGAUGGACAUGAGAGAAAAAGCAGAGUUCAUGGCUAUAGUAGAAAGAGGAGAGGAACUCCUGUCAAAAAGACCAUCAUCAACCAUGACCAUGACGAGACUUUCCAAGAUCAAACGAGUCUGACAUGUAUAUAAAAAUAAAGAACAAGAUGGGAUUGUGAGUGACGCUGAUCAAGGCCCAGGGGGGAAUCAGAGAAAAAGCAGACAUCAUGGCUAAAGUAGAAAGAGGAGAGAAACUCUUGAAGCUAAAGUGAUCACAAAUGUUUUGUCAAAACUAAGGCAAAAUCUAGACCAUAACAAAACCUAAAAAGAUUCCACCAAGACAAAGAGGAUUCUCAAACACCAGGAACAAAACAGGACAGAGUCUCUGUACUGAGAGACUCAGAUGUAAAUGACCAAGAAAAGCUCAAGCAUAAAUGUGAUGAAUGAGACAAAGAGGGCGACUUCUUACAGUUUUCUUUUGUACAAAUGUAUUUCUGCAGAACUUGUUUCCAUGUGCUGUUCACCAAAAAUACAGAUUUACCAUGUGUGGUGGAAAAUGUUUAAGUGUGAUUACAUUCAGUGCUGGAACCAUUAACCUCCUGAAACCAGUGAGUCAGAGUUUAAUAUCUGCAGCUCUAUGAACUCAGCAAACCUGAACAGUGAACAUGUAUUUGUUUAAGGAUAUUCUGUUGUCCAUAAAAGUCUUAGAAUAUUGAUUAUAACUAUAGUAUAAGUGUACAUUUUCAAUGCGGACUUUUAAAUGGGGAUAUCAGCUUGUUGUUGUUGUUGUUUUUCUGCUUGUGAUUUUAUUGACUACUAUUGGAUCCUGUGGCC